GACCACCAUGGAGACUGGGAUAGACGGAGGAAGAGAGUGAGUGAGUGAGAGAGAGAGAGAGAGAGAGAGAGAGAGAGAGAUGGGGAAAGGGGGAUGUUGUUGCUGCAGGCUUUAAUGAACGCGAUCACGACAGGAGAAAGAGAGGAGGGGCAGCAGCACUUCAGGAUCUCACCAACAACAUCACUUCAAUCUCAACCAGAGAGAGAGAGAGAGAGAGAGAGAGAGAGAGAGAGAGAGAGAGAGAGAGAGAAAACCGAGUAGAGAGAGAAGGAGGAGUCAGUCAGUCAGUCAGACAAAGCUGGUGUGGUUUUGAGUGCUAUUACUGAGCCAGUGCAGGUGUUGGGGAAAAAUGUGUAAUACAGACUGAGAGAAAGAGAGGGAAGGGGGAAAAGGGAGGGAAGAACAGGAGUCUUGUAAUCUGCUUGGCAUGCGACCGUGUCCCCGGCUUGUGUGUGAGUGUGUGCAGAUGACCGGGGCAUUUUGGUCUGGAAUGUGUCUCAGCUAACCUCAGGGGACCUCCAAGAACAUAUACCUCACCAUGCUGGGAAAGGACUACAUGCUCGCCAUCAUCAUAGUCAAUUAUGAAGAUGAUAUCUGGAAUGAUCAGAGCCUGAUGCUGGACUCGGACCUGCCUCCAGGAUGGCGCACUAUACAGGACAGCACCGGGACCUACUACUGGCACGUGCCUUCAGGCACCACACAGUGGCAGCACCCUUCAUACAGCACAGAGGACAAACAGAGCAUCAGCAACGAACUCCCAGCUAACCAGCUCAAGAGUGCUGGAGCAGAUGGGAGGUGUGAGUCUAGAGGGAGGCUAACAGAAAGCCCCAUGCAUUCCCUCAGUGAUGGAGUGUCUUGGCAGGAAGAAUACUUCUGUGCAAACAUGGACCCAGACUCCAAGUGUUUUGCGGUACGCUCGCUGGGAUGGGUGGAGAUCCCAGAGGAGGAACUGGCUCCAGGGAAGAGCAGCCUGGUGGUCAAUAAUUGUAUCCAGCAGCUCUCUCACAGUAAAGCCGAGGGCCGUGAUGCUGUGGGAGCCUGGGGAGAGGGUCAGGACAUGAUGAUGGUGCUCAAAAAGGACACGCUAAGCCUCCUGGACCCCAUAGACCGCAGUCUCAUCCACUGCCAACCCAUCAUCAGCAUUCGAGUGUGGGGGGUGGGCUGCAACAAUGGCAGGGACUUUGCCUUUGUGGCCAGUGAUAAGGACACGUGCAUGCUGAAGUGCCAUGUGUUCCGCUGCAACGCACCAGCUAAGACUAUAGCCUCUGCCCUGCAUGAGAUGUGCUCCAAGAUCAUGGCAGAGAAGGCAGCAAUGCCACCAGCCGUGCCACGAUCACUUACAAUGGAAAGCAUUUCUCCUGAGGACCUGCCUCACCAUGUCAACUUCUUAGAUGCAGUGAGGCAGAGGGUCCAAAAAUUUGAGGUUGAAUACAUCGGAAAUCUGCCCGUCUCCAGAGCAAUGGGGAUGGAGGUGCUGAACAGGGCUAUUGAGAGCAUCAUGCACUCCAGAGACAGAGACGAAUGGGAGCCGAUUGUCAUUCAUGUGUCAGACACAGUGCUGUCCCUGUGGAGGGGAGAGGAUGGCGAGGACCCUUUUUGGGAAUGCCAGGUUCGCUAUCUGACCUUCCUUGGCGUCGGUCAUGACACACAUACCUUUGCAGUGAUAGUGGAUGCCGGCACACAGCGCUUUGAGUGUCACGUCUUCUGGUGUGAACCUGAUGCUGGGAUCGUAUCCGAGGCAGUACAGGCAGCAUGCAUGGUCCAGUACCAGAAGUGCUUGGUCACACAGACACCACCUUUGAGGUCAAAAAUGUGGCGAGCCGGCUCCAAAGUCAAACGCGCCAACUCCAUGGAUGGUUCCAGCUUCCCGCCCUGCCACCAAGGAUACACACAACCCAAAAUGGCUUCCUCUAGCAUAAAGAAAGGCAUGCUGGCAUUUUUUGAGACAUUCCGAAAUAAACCUCCUGUGGUUCCUGCACCAUAGCAACAGAGACUGAGAGAGGGCACAGGGAGGAAGUGAUGGGUUUGGGUGGGAGCAGGUUGCAAGAGAUAAUCGAAGGAUGUAAAGGAUGAGGAAAGAGAUGAGGAAGAUCAAAUAAUGUUGCUUAUUAUUCCCAGAGGAAAGCCACCUACACUGCAAGUACCUUUAGUGCUUAUACAUAUCUGACUACAGCAGGUUAACAACUGUUCAUUGAGAAUCCUGAGGUGCUGUGCUCUCACAUUCCACUCUUGUACUGAGGAGCAAAUAUAUAUACACCAAUGGAAGAGUUGUCCUAUUAAUAAAUUAGGACAGAUUUCAUCUCGACAGACCUUAAUCUAUUAUGUCUGAUGGUACAGUAGGUCAGUGUAGGUGAACUUGAACCUGGAGAUGCAGAGAACGUAGAAAUGUAUCCCAGUGUCAAAAUAUUCUAGACCCUUCUCCUGGGAAGUACAGGAUAAUGUGCAAUAAUGUGUCUGAGCAUGUGACUUUUUUUUAAUACGUAUCAAUGUAUAGGAUAGUGACCUAAUUCUGGUAUGACAAGUGUUUAGAGGUUAGGCAUGUUCUAUUUAGGUCACUUGUGUUCAAAUAGAAGAAAAUUUCACUUUCACCUAAUAACCUUCAACCUGGUUUAAUAAAAAGGAUGACCUCUAAUGUUGUGACACUCAGAGAACUAAAGGAGCAAGUCAGACCAAUCAUACAGAACAAUUAUUUCUGGAUAUCCUUUAGGCAUGAGAACACAUUUGAUGUAUGCACUCUAUUCAAAUUAUAAUUACAACAGGAUUAAAUCAGAAUUGUUUGCUGUUUUCAAAACUGAUGUAGGGAAGUAAGACCUCUUAAAUCCCAAAAGCUAAAGAAUGCAUAAUUGGCUAUGCUCUGUGAUCCCUGAAGCUUGGUGGCACAGUUGCAUGCAUUUGCACAUGCUUGGGAAUGAAAGGCUUUGCUACGAGCACACUUAUUAAAAAAAAAAAAUAAGAUCAUAAGUAUGUGAAGCUAAAGGAUCGUAUCUGAUACAAGCCAAACACAUCACUAUAACCAGGGACAAAGUGCAUCUGUGACAGAACCCUAACCCUAGUACAACACCAAAAACACUGAAUAAAGAAGAACUGUAGUUGAAUUUUGACUUUUUUCACCGUCACAAAAACUGAAUGUACAACAAUAAGCUUUCUAAACAUGUUUCAGCGCAUGUUGAUUGGCCACUGGAAUGGCACUAUCAGAAAGUCAUAUGACGCUGCAACAAAGAUAUGCAACUGCUCCUUUCCCUUAAGCAUGUAUAAUAACACCAACAAACUCAGGUUUCCUCAAGACACCAGUGGAAUCAUGGGUAGGAAUGGACAACACUUUCAGCAUAACCUUUGUUCACUGAAAUGAGCAUUUGUCAGAGAUACGAUCAUAAAACUAUUCAUGUAGCACCGUUCUUAUUUUCUGCUCUUUAUACUCUCUGUAAAAAAAUCUUCUUUGUAUAUCUUUGCAGCUCGUUAGCACAGAAAUAGGAUGUCAUGUAAAAGGAGUUUUUUUUAAUGGUUAUUUGUAUUAAGUUGAUAGUAUUGUUGCACUUAUGUAUUGAAACAGAUUCCACUUGUUGUUUGGAAUGGGACAAUAAAACUGCUUGAAUCUC